AUGGGUCAACUACCAUUGGCACGGCUUACGCCCUACGUGAGAGCUUUCACUUUCGUGGGACUCGACUAUUUCGGCCCGCUGACUGUGCGAGUUGGACGAGCGAAUGCCAAGCGGUGGGUGGCCCUAUUUACCUGCUUGACGACCAGGGCAGUGCAUUUAGAGGUCGCGGCUUCGUUAUCCACGGAGUCCUGCAAACAAGCCAUCCGAAGGUUCAUUGCACGGAGAGGAGCUCCUCAGGAGAUUUACUCGGACCAGGGAACAAAUUUCCAGGGAGUUAGCAGCGAACUGUCCAAACAGUUACGUUCGGUUAACGAAUCGCUUGCCCCCACGAUCACCAACCAAAGGACCCAGUGGAAAUUCAAUCCACCGUACGCACCUCACAUGGGUGGCGUGUGGGAGAGGCUUGUGCGUUCCGUUAAGAAGGGUCUCAGCUGUCUGCUCACGGAUAGACAUCCCGACGAUGAAGCGUUGAAUACUGUACUGACGGAAGUCGAAUCGCUGGUGAACUCACGCCCUCUGACUUACCUACCGCUGGAGAGCGAGGAGCACGAAGCGUUGACGCCCAAUCAUUUUUUGCUUCUAAGCUCAAGCGGGGUGGUUCAACCAGCUACACGGCCAACGGAGGAAGGGACUGCUCUUCGUUCCAGCUGGAAUGCCAUCCAGGUUAUGCUGGACCAUUUUUGGAAGCGUUGGCUCAGGGAGUACCUCCCGGUAAUGUCGCCUCAAUCAAAAUGGUUUGGCGAGGUGCGGAACGUUCGGGUCGGUGAUCUGGUCAUGAUAGCUAGCGAAAAGGAGAGAAAUAGCUGGACGCGAGGAAGAGUACUACGCGUCUACCCAGGUAAAGAUAGGCGGACAAGGCGAGUCGACGUGCAGACUUCGAUGGGUGUUCAUCAACGUCCGGUUUCCAAGUUGGCUGUACUGAACAUCGCCGGAGAUUCUGGUAUAGCUGAAGGUCCUGGCAGCAAUACGGGUGGGGGUAUGUACGCGGCUGAACCCAUGUCGUUCAGUACCGCCCGAACAGCUUCGGUACCACCAACAGCGUCAAACUAA